GAGAGGGGAGCCGGUGCGGUAGCCAGGGGCAAUGGAGGAAAACGAAAGCCAGAAACUUGAGCUGUGCCUGGCGCGCUCGGCGGACGGCAGGCAGAUGAAGGACCAGGCAAAAAACAGUUUGCAUGUAACAUCGCUAGACGAUGCGGAAUGUCUCCGAUCUAAAGAGCUCCUUUCGACCCCGAACAGUCACACUUCUUCUAAUUCAAAGUCCAGCCGCAACAUCCCUCGAAGACAUACAGUAGGUGGCCCUCGCAGUUCCAAAGAAAUACUGGGAAUGCAAACCUCGGAAAUGGACAGGAAGAGAGAGGCUUUUCUUGAACAUCUGAAACAGAAAUAUCCCCACCAUGCUACAGCGAUAAUGGGACACCAGGAGAGACUGAGAGAUCAGACAAGAAGUCCAAAGCCGUCCCAGAGCCCGCAGCCCAAUUUGGCUGACCAGACAGAACAUCUCUCUGAAGCAUCUGCAGAUUCCUUGGAGGCCAUGUCCGAGGGUGAUUCUCCAACGCCCUUUUCGAGGGGCAGCCGUACCCGGGCGAGCCUUCCCGUGGUGCGGUCGGCAAACCAAACGAAGGAAAGAUCACUGGGUGUUUUGUAUCUUCAGUAUGGAGAUGAAACAAAGCAGUUGAGGAUGCCGAAUGAAAUCACAAGCACGGACACAAUUCGUGCCCUUUUUGUAAGUGCCUUCCCCCAGCAGCUGACGAUGAAAAUGCUGGAAUCACCCAGUGUGGCCAUUUACAUCAAGGAUGAGAGCAGAAACAUAUAUUAUGAAUUGUGUGAUGUGAGGAAUAUUCAAGACCGAUCUUUCCUUAAAGUUUACAACAAAGAUCCUGCACACGCAUUUAAUCACACUUCCAGAGCUGUAAAUGGAGAUAUAAGGAUGCAGAGGGAAAUUGCUUAUACGGGCCGAGAUGGCCCAAGUGCUUCCCGCCCCGGAUCUGCCACGCAUCCUUCGCACGCGAUGCCCAGCUCUCCACCCUCCACCCCGGUGCCCCACUCCAUGCCUCCCUCUCCGUCCAGGAUUCCGUACGGCGGGGGCCGGCCCAUGGGUGUGCCAGGCAAUGCCACCAUCCCCAGGGACCGGCUCUCCAGCGUGCCAGCCUCGCGCUCAAUAUCACCCAGCCCAAGCGCCAUUUUAGAGAGACGGGACGUGAAGCCAGACGAGGACAUGAGUAACAAAAAUCUUGCCCUGAUCCGAAAUGAAGGUCUGUACAGUGACCCCUACUUGUUUCACGAGGGGAGGAUGAGUGUGGCUGCACCCCACUCCGGACACCCCCUUGAUGUCCCUGAUCACAUCGUAACCUACCAUCGCGGUGCCAUGAGGUCAUCGAGCACUUACUGCAACCCCUCUAUGCCGCCUGAAAUGCUGGAGCAGUCCUUGUACAGACAAAAGUCACGAAAGUACCCGGAGAGCCACUUGCCCACUCUCGGCUCUAAGACGCCUCCCGCCUCACCUCACAGGGUGACCGACAUGAGAAUGAUUGAUAUUCAUCCUCACCACAGUGCUCACAUUCCCCCCCACGCCAUCCAGCCUGACAGGGCUUCCCCCAGCCGCCAGUCCUUCAAAAAGGAGCCGGGACCACCUAUGUUUGUGGACGUGAAAGCACGGAGCACCCUCGGCCCCCCGGGCAUGGUCGAGGUGGUGCCCUCCCCAGUCGACAAGCAGGCUUUUGGCUACGGCUCACCUGCAAUGCCCAAGGACAAGGAGACAAGAGAGAGGAUACAAGCCAUGGAGAAACAGAUUGCCAGUUUAACUGGUCUUGUUCAGUCUGCGCUUUUUAAAGGGCCAAAUACAAGUAAUAGCAAAGAUGCUUCUAGUGAGAAGAUGAUGUUGAAAAUUGUGUCCAGCAAGAGCAGCAUUGACACUGCAGGUGCUGCUAACAUAUCUGGGGGGAAGAACACGCUGGCAACUGUGGAGUCUGCUGUCAUCCAUCACCCUGCUGGAGCCCCAUCAAUGCAAGUCAGCCUGCAUGGUAUGAAACGCAACGUGUCGGAUCUGCGGCUGCAGCUGCAUCAGAUGAAGCAGCUACAGCUGCAGAACCAGGAGAUGCUAAGGGCAAUGGUGAAGAAAGCAGAGCUGGAAAUCAAUGGCAAAAUGAUCGAAACAGUGAAGAGGCUGGAAGAUCCUGUGCAGCGACAGCGCAACCUGGUGGAACAAGAAAGGCAGAAAUACCUCAACGAAGAAGAGAAGAUUGUGAAGAAGUUAUGUGAGCUGGAGGCAUUUGUUGAAGACCUGAAGAGGGACUCCACUGCUUCCAGCAAGACAGUUACACUGAAAGAUGUUGAAGAUGGAGCCUUUCUUUUGCGUCAAGUGGGAGAAGCUGUUGCCACCCUAAAAGGAGAGUUCCCAACAUUGCAGAAUAAAAUGCGUGCAAUCCUCCGGAUUGAGGUAGAAGCCGUGAGAUUCCUAAAGGAAGAACCACACAAGCUAGACAGCUUGCUGAAACGUGUACGCAGCAUGACCGAUAUCCUUACCAUCCUCAGGAGACAUGUUACAGAAGGACUGCUGAGGGGUGUGGAUCCAUCCCAAGCCCUGCAAUACUCUGCUAUGGAAAAGGCCACAGCAGCUGAUGCUCUGAAAAACCAGGAGGAGCUCAAGCAAAACCUUACAGCAAUCACAUCAGAGUCCCAGGUGUCAUCAGUCAAGUCAGAAGUUGUUCCCUUCUCAACAAUGACGGUCCAUCACGUGCAGAGCUCGCCUGUUGUCAUCCAUCAGUCUCAGCAUUCAUCAGCUCUGGUCAACCAUGCUCAGGGUUCACCCACUGCAGCCAGCCACAGUGAAGGUGGGCCGGCAGGUAGCCACCUCGCAGCCACCCUACCAGCCCCCCCGCAAGAGCCCGCAGGAGGAUCCCAGUCCACACAAACCAUGCCAGCACCACAGAUCUCUGUCAAUGGCACCACCAUGCAAAGUCUUUUCAUUGAGGAAAUUCAUAGUGCAAGUACCAGAAACCGAGCUGUAUCAAUUGAGAAAGCUGAAAAGAAAUGGGAAGAGAAAAGACAAAACCUUGAUCACUACAACGGAAAGGAAUUUGAAAAGCUCUUGGAGGAGGCCCAGGCCAAUAUAAUGAAGUCAAUUCCAAACCUGGAGAUGCCUCCCCAGCCAGCAGCCCUGCCUAAAGGGGAUGCAGUGGAAAAGCUAGAAGUUUCGGAAGAAGUUCCUGAUGGAGAACAGGAUAAUGACAAGCUGACCAAAUCUCCACCUCCUCCACCUCCGCGGCGCAGUUACCUGCCAGGGUCAGGAUUAACCACAACGAGAUCAGGAGAUGUCGUCUAUGCAGCCAGAAAAGAGGCUGCUGCUGUCAAGGAGUGCAGUGAAGAUGCUGGGCAAUCAGCACAAUCCAAAGCCCCUAACGAGGAUCACGCAUUGUCUCGGAGCACAGGGCAUGCUAUAGCAUCAGCUGCAAAAGAUGAAGAGGAAGAGGAAGGAGAUAAAAUAAUGGCAGAAUUACAGGCUUUCCAGAAGUGCUCAUUUGUGGAUGUAAACUCAAACAGUCAUGCUGAACAGUCCAGAAAUGAUAUACAUGUUAAAGACAUAAGGCCUGGGACUUUAAUGCAUCACAAGGAAAAGAAGGUGUAUGGGGCUGCAACAGGAUCUCCCACAGAUAGUGACCAUCCUAAAGCGAAGAGGGAAGGGAAAACUGAAGAAGAAUUGGGUUCUGAUUCAUCCAGCACAGCUGACAGUAAAAUUGGCUUUUCAAUGAUUGACAGUCCUACAUUUAGCAAGGGGUUUUUUGUAGACAGUAGAGACUAUUCUAAGAAAAACUUCCAGAAUACAAGCACAAACCUGUCUGGUGUCAGUUUGCCUGAGGAUGACAAACGAAGAGGAGCUCCAGAUAUUUUAGGAUCCCAUUUUCCAGCUGUUGAAACUGGAAAACAAAAGCCAAACUAUGGAGUCUCACGAGAUCCUCGCCAGGGCCUGCCGCAGGGUGAAGCUUUGCAGAGCACAGGGAAGCACAUCCCCAUCAGUAGCGUUGCCCCUCUCGUGAGGCACACGCAGGAGGCUGCAGGGCCUCAACCUUCCUCACAGGAGCAAGAAGCUUCUGCAGUCAGCUACAACCAGGUUGUGCUGAGACCCAAAGUGUCCACAAGUAACAGUGUGAGCAGCAUUGAAGAGACAGAGUCUCCGGCUAGCUCGCCAAGUGAUGACAGCCCACCCACAGAAAACAUCGCCUUCAUGAUUACUAAAACAGCUGUCCAGGUCCUCUCGAGCGGGGAAGUUCACGAUAUAGUCAGCCGGAACGCUGGAGAUGUGCAGACAGUGAACAUCGAUGGGAGGAAGGACGUGGCGUCAGAGAAGGGCGUCCCAGGAAGCACAGACAGCGAAGAGCCAGUGGUGUGUCUGGACAAAAAACCCGUCAUCAUCAUUUUUGAUGAACCGAUGGAUAUUAGGUCAGCUUAUAAGCGGCUUUCUACAAUUUUUGAGGAGUGUGAUGAAGAGUUGGAGAAAAUGAUGACAGAAGAAAAGAUAGAAGAGGAAGAGGAGGAGGAAGAAAAUGAAGCACAUGAAAGCUCCGAGAACCAGAAGGAAGAGCCACCAGUAGUUAAUGACAAAAAAGCAACCACAGAGGAGUCCUCAGCAGCUCCCGAGCUCAACGAGCAGUACGUGUGUAACCCCGAGUCUUCCUCCGACCCUGCACAAACCAGCCCUCCCGCAGAGGAGGAAAGCACGAAGACGAGUUUUAACAAAUACCGUCAGAUCUAUGGGCUGAACACGGAAGCAAACCUGGACUCCACUGAUCAGUUUGGAAGCAGGCAGGAGUCCAAGAAAAAAUUUAAGUUCAAAUUCCCUAAAAAGCAGCUAGCUGCUCUGACACAGGCGAUACGGACAGGAACCAAGACUGGGAAGAAGACCUUGCAGGUUGUGGUCUAUGAAGAAGAGGAGGAAGACGGGACCCUGAAGCAGCACAAAGAAGCAAAGAGAUUCGAAAUCACCAGAUCUCAGCCCGAGGACAGUGACAAAAGUCCUUCUGGGAAGCAAGAAGGAGCCCCGGGAGCUGCAGUGUCCCUGUCUAGGACUGACGAAAUUCGGCAGAGUACAUACCGAACGCUAGACAGCCUUGAGCAGACUAUAAAGCAGCUGGAAAACACCAUCAGUGAAAUGAGCCCAAAAUCUCUCCCUGAAAGCACAUACAGCUCUAAGGGAUGCACUGUCCCCUUCUCUGCCCAGGUAGUACCAGAGAGCCCACCCCAAGAGCUUGUAGUGCUGGAUGAGAGCCUUGCUGGUGUAGAGCCCCCUCCGUCACUCCCAGCCACGUCACGUAAGGGCUCCAGCGCAGCCGCCCAGACCAGCCGGAUGCCGGUCCCCAUGGCUUCAAAGACUAGGCAAGGAAGUGCGGAGAAAGCGGGCAAACAGCACAAGCUGCAGGAUCCACGCCAAUACAGACAGGCUAAUGGAAGUGCUAAGAAAGCUGGUGGGGACUAUAAGGCUACUUCCCCUACCCUACCUGCUUCUAAGAUCCCAGCCUUUUCUCCCACUUCUGGGAAAAGCAGCUCAGCACCUGCUUCUAGCGGUGACAGCUCUAACACUCUGAAUCCCCCCACUAAAACCUCCAUUCCCUCCUCUAACCUUCUCGGUCCUCAGACAGGUCGCCUAACUUACUCUACCUCCCUCAUCCCCUCUGUCUCCAACGGCUCCUCCAAGCUGCAGAGCCCCGCUUACCCAGGGAAAGGUCACCAUCUCUCCUUCUCACUGCAGACUCAAAACGGCCGGCCACCCCCUCCUUCCUCCUCUACCUCCCCCCCCCCCUCCACCUCCCCGGAGCCAUCCUAA